AACUAACUAGAAUAGACAGAAUCAUUGACUAAAGCACAGACGAGGAUUAUAGAAGAAAUUAGAUUUAUUUAAUUGUUACAAACGAGCUAAAUAAUUGUCGAACAAUCUUUAGAAAUAUAGAAAAUAAUUCAAUUGUCAAUAGUGUCAAUAGUCAUACCCAAAACAUGGAAUAUGAAAAAGCAUUGGAUGUCUAGUCUAUUUUAGUUGGUCAAUGGCACACGAUAUGUAUUAUAUUUAUUUCAUGUCGGUGACCUUAUAUUUUAUUUACAGAUAAGAUAUCUCUGCGAGGCAGUUUUAAGAGUGGAACUGAUUUCUAUUUUAUCUUUAUAGAUAGUCGAAAAUCAUUAUUUUGAGAUACAUCAGCUUAUACAAUAUGACAUUCUACAAGAUGUUAAACCCACUAUGUUAUAUGUUAUCUAUGAUCUAAUAUUUGAUAUUUCAAUGUAAUAAUUGAGAAAUACAUAAAUAAUAAUAUUGGUUAGACAGUAUUGAAAUUAUGACUUCUGCCAAAGACGAUGAAGCUUUUUGGAACAGUAGCGAGAAAUUAUGUUUCCGUUUCGACAACAACGAGGUGGAUCAAUUUGGAGUAUCAAAGACCGAUAUCGAUAAGUUAUUGGCUGGUAUCUCGAAUACGUCAACUGCGGAAGCAUCUUUAAAAUCUGCUGCUAAUUAUCAGCCACUUAAGCCUAUGUUAUCUAUUAUCUCAGAAAAAACACUUGAUUGCAUUUUGGCAAUGGAUAAACUGAAAAACCUUCAUCCAGAAACGUCAGGUGUACAGCCAGAUAUUACUCUUAGAAAAAUUCUACUUGGUCAACCAUAUUCUUUAGAACAGUAUAAAUCACUUGCCAGUAAAACUGCCUUAUUAGAUGCAGCAAUAAUAAGUGGAGAUGGAAAUGCGAUUUUAAUAAUUAUCCUAUUUCUCACAAAAACUCUUAAAAGGAGUUUAGUUCAGAAGAUAUUGGCAGAAAGGCUAGAUGCUGUCAAUGUUUAUAUAAGAUAUCUUUCUAUAAGAUUACAGAUAAAUGAGAUUACAGACAUUUUAACGAUGCUAGGACAAUCAACGGAUUCAGCUAUGAAAACUUUACACAUUAUCAUAAAGAAUACCAGAGAUCCUGACAGAUUAUUAAACAAGCUUCGCAACUGUUAUAAAACACAAUUUUCAGCUUUAGCUGAUUGUAAAGAAGCUCCAUUUGUUCAAUCCUAUAUAAAGUUACUUGAAUGGCAAACAAUAGCAAAAGUAGUAGAUGGAAAUGAAGAAAUUGAACUGAACUCAUCAGUUCUUGACUGUCUAAGGCACGCAUGCAAAGGUCACUGGGACUUGCCGGAAGGAAAAUUAAUGUCUCCUACAAAUUUAUCUCAACAAUAUGACGUAUCUCCUAGGCAGUAUCAAAAAGUUGCGUUAGAAGUUAGAGCGGCAAUUAAAGAAUGGGGCGAUAUUGACAGAUUACUUCUAACAAAGGGAUGGCUUGGGAGCAAAAAGUUGCAAAUUUAUCUUCCGAUUGAAGAUGUACUAAAGAUAUUGUAUAAAAAUAGUGCGCCUCCCGAGGUUCUCGAAAAAUACUUAAAAUACGUCGACAACAUAGAGAGGCGACUGGAACUAUCGAAAAAUAUGCACUGCUUCAGAAUGGCGAUUGACAUACUUGUACAACAAACAGAUCGUAUAGCCCUGACAGAGUACAAAAUGAAAUUGCAACCUCAAUCCGAAGAAUAUUUCUACGCAGAAGGCAUGCUACGAAUGCCAGCGGUUAAAUGGAAAAACUGAAGCUAACUUUAUUUGUAUUGUACUGUACUCAAAUAUUUAUUACACGAAGAAAUAAUCAUACAUUUUCACUAAGC